AACAUAACCUCUAAUUUAUUCUUAAUUACAGUUUUACGUCUAUUUUCAGAUCUGCUAUAUAGUUCAUAAUAAUGCAAUGUAUACAUAUUUAAAAGUAUUAUAUUGUAAUAUAAUUUUGAUAUAAUGCGACUAAAUAUUUUAAAUCGUUUAUUGGUUGUACCAACCCGUAAGGCUUGUAACAUUAGAGGGCUCGCAGAGAGACCUAGAGUCAGGUUUGCGCCAAGUCCUACAGGCUACCUGCAUCUUGGUGGCUUGAGAACAGCGCUAUACAAUUACCUAUUUGCAAAAUCUCAGAAUGGCGUAUUUAUAUUACGAAUAGAAGAUACAGAUCAAACGAGAAAAGUGGAAGGAUCUGUCGAUGCGUUAAUAAAUGAUUUAGAAUGGGCUGGGAUUGAAUACCACGAAGGGCCUGGUAAGAAUACUGAAUGCGGACCUUACAUACAAAGUGAGAGAUUACCUAUUUAUCAAGAACACAUAGCAGAGCUGUUGAAGAAUGGUUCAGCAUAUAAAUGUUUUUGUACAGAACGCCGUCUGAAUGUACUCCGCAGGGAUGCAGUAAAGAGCCAGAGAAUACCAAAAUAUGAUAACAAAUGUCGCAGUCUUAGUGAACAAGAGAUUAAAGACAAAAUAAAUGCUGGCAUUCCUUAUUGUAUUAGAUUUAAGCUCACAUCAGAAUGCCAGACCUUUGAAGAUAUGAUAUUUGGCGGAAUCGCUUAUGACGUUUCAAUGAAUGAAGGUGACCCGGUCCUCAUGAAGAGCGAUGGGUUCCCUACAUAUCACUUCGCGAACGUAGUCGAUGAUCAUCUGAUGGCCAUCACCCACGUGUUAAGAGGUGUCGAAUGGCAAAUAUCUACAACCAAACAUUUGUUGAUUUAUAAGGCGUUUGGCUGGACUCCACCACGAUUUGGACAUUUGCCUUUAAUAGUGAACGCAGACGGGACGAAACUUAGUAAGAGACAAAGCGAUGUCAAAGUGGAAGAUUACAAGACAAAGGGAAUUUAUUCACUAGCACUGGUUAACUAUAUUACUUUAUCCGGUGGGGGUUUCGAUCACGUACCUGGUGCUGGGGUCAGGAUAAAGAGCAUGGAGGAUUUAGCGCAGGAGUUUCAGAUCGACAGAAUUUCAUCACGUCCGAGUCGACUCAACCCCGACCUUUUAGAAGAGUGCAAUAGAUUAGAAAUAAAACGGCAACUACAAGACGAACAACUCUCAAAACAAUUGUCGUCGAAACUAGAAAAGUUGAUCGUAGAAAAAUAUCCGGAACAGAAUAAGAAUGUAACAGAAGAGCACAUCAAGUCCGUAUUGAAUUGGGCUACAGCGAGAGUGACAAGGAUAGAAGAUUUAACCUCCUCCGAAUUCGGUUUCCUAUGGAUUCUUCCAUCAAACGCCCCGACUAACUUCGACAGGGAUUUGCUAAUUAAAUUAAUAGAAAGUUUGGGGGAAAUGGAGAGGUUUGAUCAGGAAUACCUGAAGGAUCGAUUAAGGGAAUUCUCAUCGAGUAAUAACGUGAAGUUUCCAGUUCUGAUGAAGACGCUGCGAUCGGUGCUGAGCGGCCUCAAGGAGGGCCCGGGUGUUGCCGAAAUGAUGUCUCUAUUGGGGAAGGCACAGUCGUUGGAUAGAAUAAAGGCAGUUAUUAGAUAA